CACCGCCAAGCUCAGUUUCAGAGAAGGACGAAGACGGAGUUAACGGUGACUGUGUGCUUGCAGCGAGCAAACGUAAAUCCAAGGGGAGCAAUUUGGACGUAAACGCUCAACGUUUUGAGAAGAUAUUUGUUUAACUCAACGACUUUGGGAGAUUUCUCAUAACUUUUGACCUGUCUGAGGCAACAUGCGUCAGCUCUGAUAAAGUGAGGUGAUUCAGUGAUCUGGCACAGAUUCCCAACAAAACCAAGCCAUACCUAUUUCAUCCCCCAAGGAUCAUGGCCAAAGAUGCUGGUCUGAUUGAAGCUAAUGGGGAGUUGAAGGUUUUCAUUGAUCAGAAUUUGAGUCCUGGUAAAGGUGUCCUGUCCUUGGUGACAGUCCAUCCACAGACACUUCCCAUUGGGAAGCAACUUCUGCCAAAAACACUCGGUCCGUCUAAUGUUAACAUUGCUCCGCAUUUGGUGAUUGGCACACCUCAGAGACCCAGUGGCUCCAAUGCCAUAUUGGUGAACAGUCCCCACACGCCCAGCUCACAGUUCCUAGCUCAGACCCAACCGUCCGAAGCCUCGCCUUGGUCCUCAGGGAAGCGCAGCAAGAAGGGAGAGAAGAAUGGGAAGGGACUGAGGCAUUUCUCUAUGAAGGUGUGUGAGAAGGUCCAGAAGAAGGGGGUCACCACCUACAAUGAAGUGGCUGACGAGCUUGUGGCGGAAUUCAGCUCUACAGACAACCACAUUUCUCCCAAUGACUCGCACGUGUACGACCAGAAGAACAUCAGGCGGCGUGUCUAUGACGCCCUGAAUGUGCUGAUGGCCAUGAACAUCAUCUCUAAAGAGAAGAAGGAGAUCAAGUGGAUAGGCCUGCCCACCAACUCUGCUCAGGAGUGCCAGAACCUUGAGGUGGAGAGACAAAGACGACUUGAAAGAAUCAAGCAGAAACAGUCCCAGCUCCAAGAGUUGAUUUUACAGCAAAUUGCCUUUAAGAACCUGGUACAGCGCAACCGUCAGACAGAACAGCAGACCAACAGGCAGCCACCCCCCAACUCGGUCAUCCAUCUGCCUUUCAUCAUUGUCAACACCAGCAAGAAGACAGUCAUAGACUGUAGCAUCUCCAAUGACAAGUUUGAGUACCUGUUUAACUUUGACAACAUGUUUGAGAUCCACGAUGACAUUGAGGUGCUGAAGCGCAUGGGCAUGGCCUACGGCCUGGAGGCGGGCACGUGCUCUCCCGAAGACCUGAAGGUGGCACGCGGCCUGGUGCCCAAGGCUCUGGAGCCCUACGUCACAGAAAUGGCCCAGGGUCCCAUCAGUAGCGUGUAUAUGACGGGCGCAUCGUCCUCCAAUGGAGGUCGUUAUCACGUCGGCAGUGACAGUGGAGCAGACGGAACUCAGGCGUCCAGCUCCAACGACUCUCACUACAGCGGCUCCCGGGUGGAGACCCCCGUGUCCUACAUGGGGGACGAGGAUGAAGACGACGACUACGACGAGAACGAUGACGACGACUAACCCUGCCCUUGUCAUCAGUCCUGAGUGCACACCUCUCCAAAAGGCCAUAUUCAAGGGAUGUAUCUUCAUCACGCUCUCACUCUACUGUGCUCUGUCUCUGUCUCUUCCCCUUCCUUCUUCCCCACGACCUCCUUACUCGACAAGGGCAUUGAAGAGUGUCAACAUGAAGGGCUAAUGCCCAGUUCAUCUUGUUCUCCUUGGAUCCUACAUGUGGGGUGGGUUCCAAAAUCCAAAUAUUCCACGUCAGGAUCUCAUACCCCACUGCCUGCUGGGAGUAGUAGUUCUUCAGCAGACGGACUCCGCUGUAGUUGUAAGGAAUAAAUACCAUCUCCUCCUCGUGCAGCACGCUAUCAGGACGUUUGGCCACCCUGUUCUGCACCAUGACUCUUCCCCCACCUGAGAAACCUCCAAGUUAAAUUUCCCUUGCCGCAGGCUGCCAACUAGUGUUGGAUAAUGUGUAGAGUGACCUCUGUGUGAAAUAGUUUAUCUCCAGUUUAAGUUUAUUCUAUUCUGAACACGCGACGUGGUCUGAAUACUCAAGAUGGCGGUCACCCUCUAGACUGAAGGAUUGGAGAAUCUGACGCUGGCUGCCAUGUUGCCCCAUCCGCUGGGCAGAUCUAUGGAUGUGUGGACACUUUUUUUUUUUUUUUUUGUAUGCUGAUUCUUAGCAAGAUUUUUAAAUGAAAUGAUUUUCCCCUCUCCCCUGUGUGUUUGGCUCACUGCCGACUUCUGGGCAGCUUUUUUUCCCCUGGCGUGGGGAUGCUCUGUUGAGCAGAUUUAUUUUGUUUGUUUGUUUGUUUGUUUCAGAGCUUUAGAGGUGAUCCUUCCCCUCAGACUGCCUGUUAUUCCUUUUUGUGUUUACCAAUGAUGGGGGCGUCAGGGGAGUGAAAUAAAACUCUAUUACCCACGAGCGUUUAUAGGAAAAACAAAAAAGCUUUUGUUUGUGAAUGAUGUGUUGGGUCUCCUGAAGAUUGUAGUUUGUAGAGUCCUCUUCAGGUUGGUAAUAAAAUGGAAAUGGUAAGGUUGUAUCCAAACUGUGUGUAAUUAUAGGUCUUUUUUGACUCCCUUUGAACAUAUUUUUUAAACCUGAACAACACAUGUACUGACUCUUCCAAGUAACUUUUCUGUAAUCUAAUAUAAGUUUGGAAAUUAAAUAUAGAGAAUGUUUUAACAAGUCGAA